AUGAAUUCCACACUAGAUUUUAAGAAAAACCCGCUAAACAAAAUCAUCGGACUCUCAGUGGUGCUCUCCGUGGGCUUUUUGUUGGUGGUACUCGCCGGUGUCUACGGCAAUUGGUUUCCGAUCGUGGACGGAAUCAUCUUUGCUGUUGCGUACUUGCCGGUGAUUAUCACCCGGACAGCGUUCAAUCUGAGCGACUACGACUUCAAUUUCGAUCCUCAUACAACGUCGCAGACGCUGGUCAUCAAAGAGUUUGGAAUGUUCUUGUCUGCGGCGUUAUUGGUGACGGGAUUCUACUUGCCUAUUUUAUUGCAUCACUCACUCAUUCUUACUAAGACUGCGGUUGUGUUGACCAUAAUCGGGGGAGUGUUGAUUUAUGGAACGGUUUAUACGUUUAGCCAGGUGUUUGAUACGCCUGACGAGGAAGCUGACGAUUUGGGAGGCGGAGUGAUCUAG